UGGUGUGAUCGGUAGGUCCGGUGGGCUGGGGAGGCAGCCCAGCAGUGGUGAGGGCAGCGUUUGGAGCUAGCAAAGAGGAGUUAUGUGUUGUUUUUAGCACUGACAAACAACUCAGGCAAAAGAGAUCAUGACUUCUGUCAAAGAGCAGGAGGCCAUCAGGAAGCUCAUGGUUUUCCUGCAAGAAUGGGACAGUGGUCACAAAGUUGCUCGAACCCGCAUCCUGGACAGCUUCAUCAAAAGCAAUAACGGCAAGACAGAACCAGAGCUGGAGCUGGAAUUCUCCCAGGGAGCCAGCUUGUUUCUGGCUCGCCUAACAGCGUGGCUCAGGAUGACCUACACGCACAGCACGUGCCUUGACAAGCUGCUCAAGUCUAUUGGCAUCUUCCUAUCUGCUGCAGGCGGGCGCAGAUACCUUAUUGAAUUUCUGGAGAUCGGAGGUGUCAUGGUUCUCCUGGAAAUACUAGGGCUGAACCACCUGAAAGAAGAGGACAAAAGGGACUCUGUCAAGCUGCUCCAGCUCGUCGCAAACGCUGGCAGGAAGUAUAAGGAGCUCAUUUGUGAGAGCUACGGGGUGCGAUGCCUCGCCGAGUUGUUGGCCACCUCCACCUCAGCAGAGGCUCAAGAAGACGCGCGGGUUCUGCUGGACUCCCUGGGCCGCGGCAAUCCCAAGUACCAGAACCAAGUCUACAAAGGCCUCAUCGCGGUGCUGCCGUGCGCCUCCCCCCGAGCCCAGCAGCUGGCUCUGCAGACGCUGGGGCCGAUGCAGGAGCUGGUGGGAGAGGCGCCCCCCGCGCUGGUGGAGCCCCUGCUGGCCGUGCUGGGCUCGGCGCACCUGGAGGUGCAGCACCAAGCCCUGCAGCUGCUGCCGGCCCUGAUGCCCCUCCGGGUCCGCCCGGCCCUGCUGGCGGCGCUGGUGGCCGCGCUGACGCCGCCCGGGCAGACAGCGUUCGCCUCCCGCAGCGAGAGCACCGCAGAUCCAAAAGCGCUGUGCCCGAGGGAGCCGAUGCUGGCGUACAUUCAGCAGGCAGCUGCCGCAAAAGCCAUCGGCAUUUUAGCCAAGGAGUCAGCAGAAGUGGCUGAAGAGCUGAUCCAGCUGAAAGUGGUGCGUGGCCUGAUGGUUGCUGUGGGGAACGCGGAACACGUGCCCAGCCAGAGACAUGGCAGCAUCUCCCUGAAGUAUUUUGUCCAUACAUUUCCCUUUGUGGAAGAGCACGUAAAGAAGGCAGUAGGGGACACACUUUUCCAGCUCUUUAUGGACAAUCCUGAGACCUGGUACACAAAAAUGGAUCCAGCCCAGGCUGAAGAACUGGCCUCCAGUCUAGUGGACAUCCCCAAAGACAUGGCAAGGAAGCAGUCCACAGAAGGUGAUUAGGAAUGACUAUCCACCAGAAAAAAGCCUUCAAUCCGGAACAAAAUCUGGAAGCCUGUCAAGAUCCCUAGUGCUCCUGAACGUUUGUGACUUGAAUUAGCAGACAUCCUUUCAGAGGCUGGAAAGGAGAGGACCGAGCAGCCUUUUGCGAACCAAACAAAGGAAAGCUACCAAAUCUGAAGUGUGGAAAUGUCAUCUUGUUAACGUAUGACAAAUCAUAGGCUCUACAGCCACAGCACACGGAUCCACACAACACAGCAUCACCAACAAAAAAUUCAAGUGCCACUGACCCUAGUGAAAGAGGAAAAGGCUUAGCUGUUUCCUUAGCUGUUGAGCUUAGACUUAAAAUACUCUCCCUGUAGCUGUAGAGUCUGCCUGUCCCUUUUUGCUUGUCACCUCACCAGAGAGGUGUAAGGGCACGUAAAGGCUCUCACUGCUCUGCACAGUAGUUCCAGGUUUCAAGCAAGACCCCCUUGUGAAUCUUUAGUCUCAGUCCCUACAAGUCUUUUGUGCACUGCAGGUACCCAAAGCCCAACCAUGGGGCAUUCAAAAUCCACGCUCACACCAUUUGCUGCAAGGCACCCGAGUUCCCCAGAUUCUUUAGAUUUCACCCGGUCUCUGAAGUGUCAUACCCUAUUAGCUUCUAUUAAAGUCCAUCAAAAACACCUACUGCCCUUCCGCAUCAUUUGUAGGGUCAUGUCAGGGAAACAUUCUUAGCACACACAUAGGGGACCCUGCAUAGAAUACUGCAAAAAGUAAAGGUCAUGGAUGUAACCAUUCAGGAUGUGCUGCUAACAGGGUAAACUCCCGACAAAAAACAAGGUGAUCUGAAGUCUUACAUAAGACACUCCUCUGAGUAAAGGAGACAGUUAUGGUUUUACACAAACUCUAUUACCCCCCCACAGAAACACAAAACCACACCCAUGAUAGUUUCUGAAGACAGCUUUAAGGUUAUUCGCUCCCAGCAAAUGGAACCUCCAAAUUGUCACCAUGGACAAUGACACCAAGAGAACUUUUGAUCAGUGUAAAAGCAGCCAAAACACAUUCUGCAACAAGAGCAGAAUCCCCAGGCCAGAAAGGCCAUUACCUGUCAGCGUAUCUCAGUGUGUUUAAGGUGUACUCGCAUGAACUCAUGCCCGGAGAAAUCAUUGCUAUCUGCAAACAGAACAGAAAGCCACAGUGAGUCCCACGUCUGCCUUUUGCUCACGUUAAUGGCACUGCAGAUCCCACCAGGCAGCUGUGAGAUGUUAGGGAAAAGGAUCAGUGUUAAGAUGUUGUCAAGUCUGUUUUUCUUUACGGUUCCUGUGGGACAUGUGAGAGACUCUGUAUCCAGCUUUCCUCUGGCUUUAUGUGCACCCAUGGUGCUGUGCCUCCCACAGGAAGCAAAGCUUUUUGAGCACACUCCAGGUUCUACUGUAGAUCCACUGUAUGAAAGUGGCUUCUGCUGCCCUGUUCCUACUGGGGCUGGAUCAGAACUCGCCGGUUGUUGGUCUCAGUUGCUGUGGGUGAGUUGAGGAGAAAAACUGCAAGACUUUUUUUGCGGAGAACUGAAGCUUUGUGACUUCCAAGUCCCCUCCCCUUAGAAAGGGAGCAUGCAGCUCUCUGGACAAAUUGCAGAGAUCACAAGCGGUGAGUGGGUUCAGCUGUGCCACGCACAUACUCACCAUACAGGUUCUUGAGUUAGUUCCUAUGAAAGAGUCUCUUAGCACCUGGGUCAGCUUGCUUUCCCGGAAAGGGGUAUGAGAUUUGUUCUGGCCUAAAGCUCGGAUACAUUCCUAAGAAAAAGACAAGUCAUGAACGCAACAUUUGCAUCUUUUCUCAAAGAACUCUGCAAGCUACAGCCACCAACUACCAGUAAACCCAAGAGGCUGGAGAACGGUCAUCUCCAUUGCUCUGUAUGUGCUUCAUAGCCUUUUAAAUAGACUCCACAUAUUUGACUGUCACAAGAUACAUGGUAUAUCCACCAUACAUUUAAUAAAAACUUGAAUGAAGCU